AUGGAUUCUGAAAAUGAAUAUGAUGAGAAAUGGACAACUGAAGUAAUAAAUUUAAGACCAUUUGAUUCAUGGUCAAAACAUUCUGGAAAGAUUGUUAUGCUCACACAUGUAUCAAUGGCUUAUAAAACAGAUUCAGAUGAUAACGUUUUCGGAAUAUUGACGGCGGAGACUUGGGAUGAAUCUCAAGUUCUAUGCAAACUCUUUCGAAAUGAUUUUUCCAAGCCAAUGAAGAUAGUUUGGUCGCACUCACAAUCAGUUUACUUAUCAAAUAAAGGAAAUCGCGAAAUUACAUUAGUUUUACUAACAAAAGAAGUCUCUUAA